AUGCCCCCUGCCCACGCGGGAGGGGAGGGCGUGAGGUGGCACUGCGGGGAGUCGCGUCCUGCUGAGGCUGGCGGCGGCGGCGGCUUUGCCAAGGGAGCUGAUCCCGAGGAGCACGAUCUCGGGCUCUCGAUCCGCUCUGACGCAGUGACAGGUCAUGCUGAGACGGUGCCCACGCUCCAGCUCGACGUGAGCCGCUCUGCAUGGCUCUUCCCGAUCAUCGGCCACAUGGGUAUCUGCACCUCGACUGGAGUCAUUCGGGACUUCGCGGGGCCGUACUUUGUCUCAGAAGACAACAUGGCAUUUGGGAAGCCAGUGAAGUACUGGAAACUGGAUCCCAGCAAAGUAUACUCCACUGGUCCCAACGCCUGGGACACGGCCGUACACGAUGCCUCGGAGGAGUACAAGCACCGCAUGCACAACCUUUGCUGUGAUAACUGCCAUUCUCACGUGGCUCUGGCCUUAAACUUGAUGAGAUACGAUAACAGCACCUCCUGGAACAUGGUGAAACUCUGCUUCUUCUCACUCCUGUAUGGGAAGUAUGUAAGCAUAGGGGGAUUUGUGAAGACCUGGCUGCCCUUUGUCCUCUUCUUGGGGGUGAUCGUGACCGUCGUUCUGACGCUUCAUUUGCGGUGAUGGCAGCUGUGAACUCCCCAUUCCAUGAGCACACAAAGGAAGAAACUGUGACUGAUCCAGCGAGACGGAGGCAUGGGACUCUGGGAGGCGUUUUCUGGGGAAGGUGGCAACUCCACUCCAUUGUAACAGCUCAUCUUUGUUUCCUGGAACUGGCUUCUUUUCCUGUUUUUGUUCUGUCGAUGGUGUCUCCCGAUGUCAGGGGUCCUGAAGCCUCCUGCUCUCUCCCUGAAUACGCUCCCUUUCUGCAAUUUGGUAGGUAGAAACGCAAUCAGGAGAGGGGAGGCGCGGGCACCUUUUGCUUUCAGUGCCAAGUAAAAAGCCGCAAGGCAAACCCUGCCUCCUGGUUCAGGAGCAGAAGCAGAUGCACCUUGUAAGGUUCUCUCUGAUCACCUGGUUUCUUCCUCUUGGCGGACUUCAUCAGAUGCUUCCUCAGAUUUCCUGAGUCUCCAAGAAGUUGUUGUUGUUGUUGUUGUUUCCCUGUUGCACGACCCUCCUGUAGCACAUGUUUCAAAGGGGAGGUGUGGGGUUCCUCCCGGGGAUGUGGAGUGCCACAGCACUCGCUGACGGUCUCCCCGGUAGCGACAGAAAGGUGUUGAGGGUGGGACGCUGCUCUGAGGAGACGCGCAGGGGAACGCUCUGUGGCAGGGCAAAUACAUCUGGUCCUGCUGGUGAGCCCAGAAAGGCAGGAAAGUCGAUCGACUGGCUUGGGUAUGGCUCAUGGCAGCCUGCACGCUUUCAAUAGCCUGCUGCAGAGUUGGGAGUCUACUGCUAAGUCCCUUUUAGCUUGUGCCGAAGAAAAUACAGCUUCCCUGCUUCUCCUCGUGCUCUGAAUGUCUAAAAUUGUCGUUACACUUCUCACGAGCCGCUUACUUUCCUUUGAUCCCUAGUACUUUGUGUGUCGCAGCGUACCUGAGCCUGCAG